UCUACUAAUCUCAAUUUCUUAACAGUUCAAUGGCAAUUGUUAUAUUUUUUCACAACAUUGUCUGUUCACUGUCUGAUCUGACUGACAGUGACGAAUAGCGGCUGCACUGUUCGCACCACCAAUUAUAUCGAAAUGCAAGACCAGUAGUCGUUUAUACACAUAAAAAUAAAAAAUUUGACGUAACCCUAAAGCAUGCUUUAUUUUAUUGUUAUCAAGUGAAUAAGUUGAAUUAAGGGUUUGUUAAAUUUACUGAAAAACAUUGUUAACGGCACAUGGGUACUAUUGUUUAGCCAUAGUACUGCAAUUUGGAAAAUUUUCUUUGGUCAGUGAUAGUGGAUAUGGCUAAUAUCAAGAAGCAUUUUAACAUUUUAUUUUUAUUGUAAAAAAUGAUUAUUUAAAUUUUUCUUUUCUCGUGCUUACGUCAAGAGCAUUUGGAGGAAAUAUUGUAAAUUUGUAAAUUCAUUAUGAUGUGAUAAGAGUCAGUGAAAAGAAUUUAUCAUCAUGGUUAUGUCUAAUAAUAUAUCGUAUGUAAAUAAUCAAUUUGAAACAAAUGCUCCUAAGAAUGUAAGGAUUUUAUUGCUUGGAGAUAGAGGAGUUGGAAAAACUUCUCUAAUAUUAUCACUUGUGAGUGAUGAGUAUACAGAGGAUGUUCCAAGCAAAGCUGAGGAGAUUACAAUCCCUGCUGAUGUCACACCGGAGCAAGUGCCAACAAGAAUUGUUGAUUACUCUGCCUCUGAACAAACUGAAGAUCAGUUAUGCAGUGAAAUAUCCAAAGCUAAUGUAAUAUGUGUGGUCUACUCUGUUCAAAAUAUACAAACUCUCGAUAAUGCUAAGUCUUAUUGGCUACCAUUGAUCCGGAAAAAUUCUUAUAACAAUCGUUGUCCAAUCGUACUUGUUGGCAAUAAAAUUGAUUUGAUAGAUUAUUCAACAAUUGAAGAUGUUUAUCCCAUCAUGAAAGAAUUUUAUGAAAUUGAAAGUUGCAUUGAGUGUUCAGCAAAAACAUUGCAAAAUAUCUCAGAAAUGUUUUAUUAUGCACAAAAAGCCGUUUUACAUCCGACAACUCCAUUAUAUAACUAUGAAACUCAGGAAUUAACUUCAGAAUGUAAAUCAGCAUUGCAUAGGAUAUUCAAGAUAUGUGAUGCAGAUAAUGACGGAUUAUUAAAUGAUGUUGAACUUAACACGUUUCAACAGUGGUGUUUUAACUCUCCUUUGCAACCACAAGUACUAGAAGAUGUCAAAGCUGUACUUUUGAAAAAUAUUGAAGAUGGAAUAGAAAAUGGAUGUAUUACUAUAAGAGGCUUCAUGUAUUUACAAUGUUUAUUUAUUCAAAGAGGAAGAAAUGAAACAACUUGGGCUGUACUAAGAAAAUUUGGCUACGAUAAUAAUCUUCAAAUGUCAAAAGACUACAUAAAUCCUGAACUUAAAGUCCCUCAUGGGUGUACAACUGAAUUAUCUCAUAAAGGUCAAGAAUUUUUGACACAAAUCUUCAUGCUUCAUGAUAUUGAUAAAGAUGGUGCUUUAUCUCCCCAAGAACUGAAGUCAAUGUUUGUCACGUGUCCUAAUUUGCCAUGGGGAGACAAAUAUAAGAAUAAUGUACCAACCAACGAUAAGGGUUGGUUAACUUAUCAAGGAUUUAUGUGCCAAUGGAGUUUAAUAACUUACACAGAUCCUAAAAAAACAUUGGAGUUCAUGGCUUAUUUAGGAUAUUACCUGUAUUAUAAUGAAAGUACUACAUCAUCAAUUUUAAUAACCAGAGAAAAGAAGGUGGAUCUUGCUAAGAAACAAUCUUUUCGUAAUGUUUAUUGUUGUCAUGUUCUUGGACCGAAAAGUUGUGGUAAAACCACACUGUGUCAAUCAUUUAUAGACCCAAAAUUGGAGAAAUCCAAUCAUUCUACAGAUUCAUCCAAUAUGUAUGUAAAUACUGUGCACAUCUAUGGGCAAGAAAAAAUAUUAAUUUUGAAAGAUAUCAAUAUAUUAAACAUUCAAGAUGCUUUAUUGCCUGCUCAAAUUCAAUGCGACGCCGCAGCUCUUGUUUAUGACACAAAUAAUCCUAAAUCAUUUGAAUUUAUUGCCCGCAUAUACAUAAAAUAUUUUGCUGACAGCAAAAUUCCGGUAUUAAUCGUAGCUAAUAAAAGCGAUUUAACAGAAGCUAAGCAAGAGUAUUUAUUACAACCAGCAACUUUUUGCACAAAGUACAAACUUAUGCCACCACAGCCUCAUGGUAUUUCACAUGUAGUGCGAAGAGAAAUAUUUAUCAAAUUAGCUACGAUGGCAGCAUUUCCCCGUUUCCAAGCAGCUUGGAUAUUAUUUUACAAUCACAGACAUUUGAAGCGUUUUGGACUUAUUCAAGGAGACUCCGUUGUUUGGUCAAAAGCUGGAAUUGGUAUCACAGUAAUAAUAAUAACUGGAUUCAUAGUAAUGAAAAUAAUAAGUGUAUUUGGAAGAUAAUCAAAAAUUUUUUUGUCACUUUCAAUUACAAUACAAAAUAAUGGAAAUAUUGUUUCGAACCAGUCCUCAUUAAUAUAUCAUCAUCAUUCUCGUUACUGUUAUAAUCGAAUAAGCAAGUGAUUUUGUAAAAAUAUUCAUGAAAUAAUUUACAUCAAUGUAUGUUACAUAAAAAAGUACUAUUACUAAUAAUACCUUUUUGAAUCAUGAAAAAAAAAAAA